UAAAAUAAUCUACUCUCUACUCUACUCUCGCUAUUAUCAUGCGAGUCUUACAAAUAUCUAGUGACUAGAAAUAAAAAAAUGUCAGCUGACACCUACGUCAAAUACCCAUCCAAUAUUAUGUAACAUGAGUGAAGUAAACCGAACACAAAACAGAGGUGUAAACAUUACAUCGGAAGAUUUUGCGCAAGUUGAACUAGAAAAUGAUGCUGCGGUACCCCAAAGCAGAUUAAAGCUUGAUCUGCAUAACAUAAUAGAUUUUAUUGACACGAAUACGCCGCACUUUCGGUAUACUUCAAGCAGCCUGGACGCAGAUAACGAAGAGUCGCUUAUUUCAUCAGCACCGUCCAUCAGAUCUGCUGUGAGACAUCAGAGUGAUUCUCAAAAUGAUACGUUAGAACUCGUGUCGCACGGUUCGGAAUCUUGCAACACUAUUACAGAACUGUCUUGUGAGAAAUCGUUGGGAAUUCCGACACCGAUUUUGUAUAGUACGAAUACUAAUUGCCCUUGUCUGCAUUCUAAAGGACCCUUGCCACAAUUUCCAGUAAAUUCUAAAGUGCCAUACCGAAAAGUGUAUAAUGGUAAGGAGAAAAGGUUUAUGCUACCCGAUUUAUUUGAAAAAUGGGUAGGAAAAGACAGAAAAGAUACUUCCACUCCUGAGGAAUUGUAUAGAAUAAAUAUACAGACGAAAGACGAAUGCAGUCCACCUACAAGGUUAGUGUUUGACUUAAUUGAAGUUGUACCAAAACACGUUACGAGCACCGGAACCAAUACCAAACAUAUUGCUAGGGAGAACUUACAAAAAAACGGUAUCAAAUGCAAGUAUGCUCCAAUGGGGUGCAAUGUGCAACAUUCUAACUAUUCUGGUGUGGUGGUGACACCACGGAACACUACUAAAUGGAAAUACCCAAACUGGUACAAAAAUUUACAUAAACAAAGAGUUAAUCACAAAAAACCAAAACCCAAUCCAACAAGGAUGGACGUCUACUAUUUUGAUCAUGGAAAUGCCGCAUAUUAUCAAACGACAGAUUCGCCGCCGACUAUUACAACCGAGUUAGUGGCGGAAAAGACUGAGAGUUACGCCAAGAAAUUUUGGGCAGAAAUUUUUGGUACACUAUACAUUGGAUGUGCUUUUAUUACAUCCUUCAUUUUACAGUUUUUUAGAUUGAUUCUUCACGCCAUUAUACGACCAUUAACUAUUUCUAUGCUACAAUUGAUGUCGGAUUACUUUUUGAAACCAUGUCUUGUUACUGCUUUUAAUGCAAUCGUGCAGCCGCCUAUAAUAUUCAUUUACAAUAUAGCGACCUCACUGAGGGAUUUAUGUGAUCCAAUUUCGGAAGGAAUUGGAUACUUUAUUAGGGAAGUUUCUGUACUUUGUAAGUCUAUAAGAUUGUUUGAGGUUAAACGUGAUAAUUCCAAAACUCCUGCUACAUGUAGUAAGUGUAAUGUGUCUACCAAUUGUAAUGCAGAAGAGUUGGCAUAA